CAUCAAUAGUAUCUAUGUUACGGCCUUCUCUAACGUCAUCGCCUCUAAUGCUAUCACUACGCUCUCUUUCUCCCCUGGCCAUUCGCUCUUGCAGAAGUUGGAUAUAUUCUAACCUCGCCACACUACGACUCAUUAACCGCACGCUCGCUUUACCAAGAACCCCAGCCAUUGUCUGGCCGAUUCAUCGCAAUACAAGGUCAACAUCAUCUGCCCAGGUAGACUCUCAGGUGUAUAUUGGCCAGUCGGGUUGUCAUUACAGCAUCGAACGGGUGCUUCAGGAAGAAACAUUUCCAUUACGCCGGGUUUAUCUCGCUACUGCCAGCAACCAAAAUUUCAUACUGAAGUAUGUUCACGAGGUCAAUUUUGAUGACCUUCAAGACAUAAACAAUAAGCUACGGGGUAGCACUAAUUAUGUCCGCCUUGUCAAGGACACUAUCCCCGAGAAGUCCAUGUUCAUUUUCCAGUACUUCGCCGAUCAUCUUCUCCGCCUCGUUCAAAAGGACUUGCCCCUUACAGUGACAAAACGGAUCCUAAAAGAUGCACUUCGUGGACUCGCCGAACUGCACGACCAUGAUAUUAUCCAUACGGAUAUUAAGCCGGACAAUAUUCUUAUCGAUUGGAAAGAGCAUCAGGGCGGAAUAGUUAUCGAGCAAGUCCAGCUUGGGGAUCUUGAGGAUGCCGCACAAAUCCCCCCCGGUACACAUAUGGUAGGAAAACAGGCAGGUAACUGGAUGUGGAGGAGUCCCGAAGCACACGCCCGAGGACCGGUGGAUAAGCCGUCUGACAUUUUCUCUUUCGCCCUUGUUUGCAUUUACGCGGUGCAUAAACGCGUUAUCUUUGCCGUUGGGGAAGAGGAGCUGGACGAGGGUGUGGAGCGUUUGGCCGUGGUAAUCGAACGCCAAAUUUCGUACUUUGCAGAUGCGGACGGACUGAGUGGGUUCCUAAAGCAUCUUGGCGACAAUCCUUGGGUUCCCGUUUUUGAAGUAACUCGGGAUGGUUUCAACAAAGACAACCCGCGCAGACCAUUCUCCCUCUGGGGAGACGUCGAUGAAGAACUCAAGGAUCUUAUUUGUGCUAUGACGAACUUUGAUCCGGAGAAGAGAAUCACGGCACGCGAAGCAUUGGCACAUAAAUGGUUUGAGGGUGCGUAAGAUGGCCAGAGAAGAAAAGUAGUCUUGAAAUGAAGACCCAAGAACAGCCCACAGAAGGCGAGUGAAGCAGAGUUACGUGGCUAGGUUUAGCAUAUGCGUCGUUUUUCAUAGAGCCUGACGAGCUACGCACUCGUUACACGUGUCCCCCUCUUCCUAUCUUAAGCUUAUUCUACUUUUACGCUUAUGUCUAAAUAUAUAAGAGUAUUAAAAGUAGAUGUGAUAGAUAACUAGAUAUAUUAUUAUCCCUUUAUGGAUUUAUU